AUGCACCAAGCUCCUCUGCGGCUAUCCCAGACGCUAUGGUCGGCCUUCCGAGCAGCGAAACCUGUCCAUAAGCCACUACGACAACCUCGACAAUAUUCUCCAUUGGCACGGCCAUGCCGGCAAGCAUGGACCCGCCAAAGGCCGAGCAUAGCUGUUCAAGCUCGAUUUUAUAGCGACAAGGAGUCCGAAGUCGACCGCAACGUCGAGGAUGCAAAGAACCGAAUAGAGGACAGUCUCGACUCAAGAGCAGAUGCUGCCGCACAAACCGAGCAGACGCUGAAGAGCCCUGCAGACGAGACGAUUGUCCACACCAUCCCCGAGGCGUCUUCGAUAGUGCACACCUCGCGACAUGAAGACACGAAACCUCCGCCUCCGAAACCAGAGUCACAUUCACGGCCAGAAGCUUCGCGUACACCCGUACCCCUCCCAGACUCGAUCGCAGCCCGGUACGCCCACCUGCAGAAACGGUUCGGGCACUUCAUGGACAACUUCCAGACGCACAUCUUCACCGCCUCCCGCCGCCUGAACGACCUGACAGGUUACUCCGGGAUUGAGGCACUCAAAAACGACAUUGAGCACCAAGAGUCCGUCGUCCAGCAGUGCAGACAAGAAGUCAAAGCGUCCAGGGCGAAAUACUCGGAAGCCAUCGCUCAAAGGUCAAGCACGCAAAGAGAAGUCAACGACCUGCUGCACAGGAAACACACCUGGACGUCUGGCGACCUGGAGCGUUUCACCAGUCUAUACAGGAGCGACCAUGCAAACGAGCAGGCCGAGGCGGCGGCGCAGAAGAACGUAAGCGACGCCGAACAGCGCUACGAGGAAGCCAGCACGAAGCUCGCGAAGGCGAUCUUGGCGCGGUACCACGAGGAACAGAUCUGGAGCGACAAGAUCAGACAGAUGUCCACGUGGGGCACGUGGGGGUUGAUGGGGAUCAACGUUCUGCUGUUUGUCAUUUUCCAAGUCGUCCUGGAACCGUGGCGCCGGAGACGCCUGGUCAAGGGCUUCGAGGAGAAGGUCGAGCUGGCCAUCAAGGAGUCCGAAGAGGCAAGAGCGACGACGGCGGCCGUGCAGCCGCAGCCAAUCCAAAGCACCGCGAUACAGCCUCCCGAUGACGUCGCGACAGCGGGUGCCAAAGUCGACGCCGUUGCCGAUAACAUUGCGGGACAGAUCGUUGACGCUAUUACUGGGACGGUACCUGACGAAGCUCCCACUGCAGCCACGCCGACACCGCUACCAUCCCAAUCAACCAUCGAAUCCGUGGCCGAGACUCUCACGACAGACGAACUCGCAGCGGAAGAGGACCCCCUCCCAGGCUCGCCUGAUAUUCCUUUCACGGAUGCUGCCGAACCUAUCCCCCUUGCCUCGGGGACGGAGGCAGGUGAGAAUGGUUCAUUGCGCUGGACGUCCCCGGGCUCCGCACUGGCCAAAUAUGAAGACUACAUGAGAUCGCUGUUCAGCGAGGACCACAAGGUCCUGGUAUCCCAUUGGGACCUAACGAAGGUGGCCAUGGAGGGCGUCGCUGGCGGAGUGGCGGUCAUGGGAUUGCUCUUCGUACUCCUACGGCCGCGGUAG